CUAUUAUCUACUCAAUUGAAUGCUAUAUGCAUUAUACAUACCCAUGUUUAAUAUAAAUAUAUAUUCUUAUCAAAGAUCUCUUAAGGUGAACCCUGCAGUAAAUAAAAAUUAGAUUUAUAAAUGUUCGGUAGCUUAGUUGUGUUUGUGCGAAAAUCAGCAAAACAAGAAUUUAAAACUUUGGAUGAAAUAUUAUAGUUGUAUCUGAUUAUCAGGAAUACGAAAAACAAUCGUGGUACGCAUAUGAUGAUAGCAGUAUCAUGUCAUCCAAACGGUUCUUCCACAAACCAUCUCACGGGCCAUACAAGUCCACCACCCCAAAUAUACCUUUACAACUCAUUCUACAGGAGUCAGAGCUAAAGAAGAUAGUUAGUUUAAGUUGUGAAUUUGUCCAUGAAGGCAUCAAUUGGGGUACUACAGAUUACUUAGAUGAUGAAAAUGCAGAACGUAGCAUACAAUAUUUUAGAGAUUCUGGCAGAAGUCUCCUAAAGCAUUUGGAUCAUGAAGACCCUCACUACAUAAGCAAACUUUGUCUUGAGUAUUUGGCGUCUAAUUUUGCUAUCCUUAUCAAAACGAAGAGUCCUGAGCUAAUUCUACAAAGAAGUUUCACUGAUAAUGCAGAGGAGUACUUGAACCACUUUGCCAUUGUUGUAGAGCUGGUGGAUGAAUUCGUUAGCAAUUGGUUCGAAGACCACGUUAUUACCGAUCCACAGUUGAAAGUUAAAACGAAAAAAGUCAUACACAACUUGGUUAACAUUUCCUAUUUAUUCACCAUCACCUUCCCAGGCUUGAAAAAGAAUUUAGGUGGAAUGAAGUCUUCAGGUACAAUUACAAGUUUUGGAAAAUAUAUAGUUUCGGGCCAGUCACUUCAAGAUUACUCUGUUGCUGAGCCCAAAUCCAUGCCAAGCCCCACAGAACUAGAUAUGGAAGCCGCACAAGCUCUAGAAGUAACAAAUGAUACUUUGAUCAAGGGUGUCAUAAGGCGUCCCAUUAUGUCUGUCGAUGAUCUAGAGUUGCAGGAAGCCUCUGUAUCUGCUCUAUUAGAAUCAAUGUAUCUACAACCAACCAUAGAUUUUCUAAAGCUAAGAUUUGAAGAUUUACAGUUAAAACUCAAGAGGCAGACUCCAGGCACCAACAAAUUGAGGCCGGAUUUUUCACUUACUUUCCUUUUCAAGGACAAGAGCUACACCAUACCGAUCGAAAUAAAAAAGAACGGCAUAAAGGAGUCACUUGAAAAUAUUGAAUCCACAAAGUCGUUUAUAAAUUUAUUUAAUCAGUCAAUUCAUCAAAUGGUGGAUAAUAAUUCUGCGAUUGCAUUUAUUAUUGAUUGUGAGUACUUAGUUGUGAUUUCGGUGACGCAUCCAGAGCUUACAAAGCAAAACUUGGAAGGAGAUAAAUAUGUAAAGUCCACAAUAGACUGUGAUACGCAGGUUUUCGAUCAUCAUGGGAAUCAUAAUUUAGGCUUUUUAUUAUGCUGUUUGUUGACGAAUUAUUUAUCCAAGCUAGACGAGGCUGUGUUGAAUAUUGGUAUAGAUUUUUCAAAUAAAUUGUUGGUAGAAUCUGAAGUUGUUUCUUCAUUGAAGGAGAUGUGGUAUGAAGAGGUUCGAAAUGACUGGAACAGUUGUUUUCAAAGUACCACAUAUAAUAUCAAGCAGAAAUUAUAUUUAACCGAAAAAGGUGUGAAGAUCAGUCGGACUUUGUUUGGUCUAAUCCAACAAAAUGAAGUCCAGUUUUCACAAAUCGGAAAACUGGAUAAAUUCCAAGUCGACAAGCUAGGAAUAAAAAGGAACGAGUCGGACCAUGACAACUUAGAAUACCUAUCGCAAGUUCGAAGGGUUAAAUUUAAGAAUAAAUCAUACUUUCUCAAGUUAUAUGAUCCCAUCCAAACUUUCAAAAUCCGUGGAUCAGUACCACGAGAUACUUUUGAGAAAACAUAUAGCUUCAGUUUAGGUAUGUUCCUUACUGAACUUCAAGUUUUCAGGAUGAUAAAUGGGAAUUUGCCUAACAUAGAAAAUUUUGAACAAGCUAUAAAAACUCGAACGGCCCACAAAAAUGAUUUCAACUAUUCGUUUCCUAAAGGGAGACGCAAUGAGAAGAAGGCUGCUAUGAAGUUCAUCCCUGAACUAUAUUCAUAUGGAUAUUUACAACUACCAGGCCAUGAAGGCUUUUAUUUACUAGAAUCGUUUAUUGAAGACCGCCUCUUUAGUAUAAAAAAUGAAGAGGAACUCGAAGAGUUCAUAAAACUUGCCGAAAAGGGGAUGGAUGUCUUCCAUAAGUCUGGCACGGCUCAUGGAGAUAUUCAUGCCGAUAACAUUAUGUUCACAUAUGAUGCAAAAGGUAACAAAGCUGUGAAGUUUUUCGAUUUCGGGCAAAGUAAAAUGAAUAACUAUGACACAUUACAUGAUAUGGAUGGAGAUAAUGAAUUAAAAACAGCUAUACUUAAGGACAAGGCACGAUUAGGUGAUGCGUUGAAUGAGUUGAAGAAUCGUUGGAAAAUACAUCAAGAUUCUCAGAAAAAGGAAUCACAAAUAAUUGAUCCAUCUGAACUAUCACCGGUGGAAGGUGGUAGCUGGCAAAAGAAUCCAAACGAUGUAUCAGCUAUCGUUCUGCCAAGUAGAAGAGAAAUCGAGAGUAGAUCAGAUCAAGAACCAUCGACGGGAACAACACUAACAACUGAUGAAAGUAACACAAGAGGGCAAACCGCUUCUCUUCCUCGAGGUAGAAAAAGAACAAAACAUCGAUGAGCUAGGGUGAUAUGUUGAAGAGUAACCUGGAGGAGGGUAGAAGAUAAAUAUUACAUACUUAUUUCAUCAAAGUGGUGGUGGUGUCUGUCGGAUACUAGAGGUAAUUCCGUCCCUCCUUUGAACAUACUGUUUUCGCUCCUUGGUAUAUUGUAAUUUCGUAGCCCAUAAUAAUAAUAUAUUGGCAUUUUCCCAAAGAAAUAUCGUUAGAUCUACUAGAAUUUAUCGUAGAGUGAAGUAGAAAUAUUUCGUAGCCUACAAAAAAACAUUUCUAUGAAGUCGCUAGUGUGAAAUUAAUUUAAAGCUAGGAACGACUAUUAUUUGCUUCUCCAU